AUGGAUGAUGUCGUCCGCCUGAAUGUCGGUGGGACCCUUUUUUGCACAACGCGCACUACCCUGCUACGCGACCCGUCAUCCAUAUUCUCGCGAGUGCUCGACUCCGAUGAGGAGACCCCAUCCAUCGUACACCUCGAAGACGGGUCGAUAUUUAUUGACCGUGAUGGCCAAAUGUUCACCUACAUCCUACAGUACAUGCGCUCCGGGAAACUUAUCCUACCAGAAGAUUUUAAAGAUGCGGGCCGGUUGAUGGACGAGGCUCAUUAUUUCAAUUUAAAAGGCCUACAAGACGAGGUGGACUCGAAUCUAUCGCCAAGGACAUCGUUAAAAGUUACAAACCUUGCUAAUGGCAAUGUAGCCGGAUUAGCGGAGACAGGCGGUUAUAUAACACUGGGAUAUCGAGGAACGUUUGCUUUCGGCCGAGACGGGCAAGCCGAUGUGAAAUUCAGAAAAUUACACCGUAUCCUGGUUUGCGGAAAGGUGGCCCUGUGCCGAGAAGUGUUCGCCGAUACACUAAAUGAAAGUCGUGAUCCCGGGGAUCGGGAUGGCAGUGAGCGCUACACGUCCAGGCUCUAUUUGAAGCACCAAUGUCUGGAGAGGGCAUGCGAUGCGAUGGCCGAAAAAGGUUUCAAACUGGUGGCCACUUGCUGCAGUGGAGCCAAUGGUUUGGCAGCGCUAAAUCCACCAACAAGCCAGUCUGGCUCUACAACCCAAGCUGACUUGAUGACUUUGCGAAACAGUGGGGAUUACGAGGAGCAAAGAUGGGCCCACUACACCGAAUAUGUCUUCUACCGAGAACCCCGGAUGCCAGGAGACACAACACGUGCCCCAUCACCGGCCAAUCACACUAACCGAAGUCAGCCGGAGACGAACAUUUCAACAGCCGUU